AUGUUUUCCCCUGAACAGCUUCCGUAUUUUGAUCCGCACGUCGACCGUCGUGUGUGUUUCAUUUCGGGUGGAAACAGUGGUAUUGGCUAUUACACCGUUCUUCAUUUGUAUCUUCAUGGAUAUGUCGUUUACGUUGGGGGUCGCAACAUGAAUCGUGUCAGGACUGCUAUUCAGUCUGUGAAACAGGAAGCUUUGGAACGUCAGAAAUCGCCCUCUCAUUCGUUUGGAGAACUUCAUUACUUGGAAUUGGACUUACUCAAUCUCCAAUCGGUUGAAUCAGCCUUGCAGGAUUUCAAAACUAGAGAAAAAACCCUUCAUUUGCUCAUCAAUAAUGCCGGUAUCAUGGCCGUUCCUUACUCUGUCACAAAAGAUUCUUUCGAAAUCCAAUUGCAAACCAACUACAUAUCACAUUUUCUCAUCACUAGCAGAUUGCUCCCGUUGAUGCAAGAUCCAGAUCUUGUGAAAGAUCCGCGAAUUGUGUAUGUGAGUUCUGUGGGUCAUUGGCUGGCACCGUUCCCUUUCAAAUUGAGCUACAAAUUUAAUUACCGCCCAAACAUCCUCUUCACGUGGUUCAGAUACGGAAUGGCCAAAACAGCGGGUAUUCAAUACAUGUCCAGACUUGCUAAAAUCAAUCCCCAGAUUUUGUGUGUGUCUGUUCACCCAGGAUUCGUGAUGAACACCAACUUGUUUAGCCACUUCACAAGACUCCCCUUUAUCGGGUUGAUAUUCUGGGUGUUUUUCCAGAUAUUUGGCUACUUUUUCGGUGUAUCAAACGAAGAAGGCUCAUAUGCUACCCUCAAGUGCGCACUAAGCAAUGAACUUACAACCGAAAAAGAUAACGGUAAAUUUUACGUUUCUUACGGCGUCGAACACGAACCAAGCUACAUAGCCCGCAACGCCAACUAUGCCGACCAAAACUGGGCAUGGACAGUCAAGGAACUCGCUAAAAGGGGCUAUGACAUAUAG